AUGCACCGUCCUUUCUAUCACCUCCAUUUCUGUUUCCGUGCUUUCGCCCAGAUCAAGCGCUACCAACCCUCCCAGGACGCUGUGGGAGAGGCGAAGGCCUCGGAGGUGCUUCUCGAGAUCGUCAACGCUAUCCUGCACGAGUUCGGCCUGCGCCCAUCUGACCUCGCGUCGGGUACUACGGACAGUGGAUUGGACGUCAAGUCUGUGAGUGUCAACGGCCUCCACCCGCAGUUUGGGGUUCUGUGGAAUUGCUGUUUUUACCACCUGAUGGUCAAGGCCGCUGAGGACGGCUUUGGCACCCACGUCGACCCUCAGAAGUCCAAGAACCCGAAAGCGCGCGACAUGCUCAAGAAGCUCAUCAAUCUGGUCGGGACCCUCCACAGGUCUUCUAAUUUCAAGGCCAAGUUCGGCGACCUUCAGGUGGACGUGUGGGGCGAGGUCUUCCCCAACCAAGCUCCUCAACGGUGGCUCACCCUGGUUCCCACACUGGAGCGCGUCAUCCGCUUGUGGCACGUCCUGAGAAAGCUCUACAGCGACACGGGGAAAACGUUUCCACUAGAAGAGGGCGACAUCACGGACUGCAUCCUUCAGCUCAACUCGCUGCUGCAGCCGCUUUCCUCCGUCACGCGUGAUGGCCAGUACGGGGGUGCGCCGAUGCUGAAGAUGCGAGUGCUGGACCCGUCGGAGGAACUCAAGGUCUUCGACAUUCCGCCGCUUGGAGAAGACGGCCUCCCGGACCGCAAGGAACAGAAGAAAGCUCUGCCGCACCACAUGGUAGCACACGACUACUUGGACCCCGUGGCACAGAAGGAGCGCAACGAACUCUGCCGCGCGCUCGGGACGAGGUUCUACGGUCGUGUGUGGGACACAUCAACCCUGGACCCCUCGGUGUUAUGCGACGCUGCCUGCCUCCUGACACCGCCGUUCAGUGAGGGGAACUACCUUUCCGCGAUGAAGCUUACAGCAGAGGAGGGCGAGUACUUGCCUGCCGGGUCGUGCGUGACGGCCCCUACGCUGGACGAAGAGGUGCAAGAGAAGCUGGAUGGAGCUUGGGGGAAAUCAAGAAGCGAGCCGUCGCAGGCGUGA